AUGGCUACUGCUAUUCAAACUUCAAUGGGUAACUCGGUUGGAGUAGUUGAAGAAACCGAGGUGGUUGAAUACACAGAAGUCGUUGAAGAGGUCGUUUUGCACCAUGUUGAAAAUGAACAUUUGGAUACCGUCCAAGAGACCGAUGAGUUAGAUGUUGCGGUGGAGGAGCAUGAAGAAGAGGUUUCUGAGCACACCAAAAAAGCUGAAGAGGUUAGUUCUUCCACUGAAGAAGUUGUUGAAGGCAUCAAAGAACACGCGGAGAAACACACCGAAAACACGCUGUUGACCUCAGAACAAACGCUCGUUGAACAGCCCGAGGAAUAUGGUGAGACUCAUCACGAAACCGUCUCCGUGUCAGACGAAUCAAUUACCGCGGAAACAAAGGACGAAUCGAAUGGAUUGGAUCAUGCGGAUCAUACGUCUGAACCUUUGACCCCUCCAAAGAGUCCAACUGAUGAAAAAGACAAGGAUAAAUCGAGUAAAAAGGAAUCGAACCCCGCAGCAAAAACAACAAAACCCGCUACGAAUACCAAAGCUGGUGCGGUUAAAAAACCAACCGCGCCCACUACAACGCCUGCGAGUGGCACUCAAACACGCGCUCGUCGGUCUUCAAUUAAUAAAACGAAUUCUCUUACACUUUCUAAACCUCCGACAACACGCUCCUCCAGUACUUCUAGCACUACCAGAACACCAGUUCCGACGAAACAGCCUACAAGCCCUACUGUCGCGAAGACGCCAAGCGCUCCAAAUAAGAUGGCUUCCAAUGUAAAGAGUUCAUUGGCAAAACCUUCAGCUAAAUCCACAUCCGCAGCGGCUACCACAAAAACGACAACUAAUGUGGCAACAAAGACGACUACUACAAUGCAGAAACCAUCCGCAGUGCCACUGGCAAGAAAGCAUUCUACUAACUCUACAAUAUCACCACAGAAAAGUAAGCCCGCAACAACCUCGUCAUCGUCGAACGCGACGGCCAAACAUGCUACAACCAAGAGUGUCGGUUCUGUUCCGAAACAAAAUGGUGCGGGGAAAUCAUCACCAACCGAAACGAGUUUUAAAGAAAAGAAUGAUGAACUUAUACGACAGAUAGAAGAAAAGGAUGGUUUAUUGAAAUCGAGCCAAGAGGAGUUGAAAGCUCUUAGAGAUCAAUUGGUUAAAGAGGAAAAUGAAGUUCACCGUUUAGAAGAAUUGAGAAAAGAGGACAUAUUGAAGAUGCAAAUCGAAAGGGAUGAAAUAAUCUUGUCUAAAGAAACUGAAAUAGAAACACUUAAGAAAGAAAUUGAACGACUGAAAGAAGAAUUAAAGACUCUCGAGAAAGCUCACAAAGAAGAGAUUAUUUCACUCCAAGAACAACACGCUAAAUUUGCCGAACAAUCUAAGGAUGCUCGUUCCACUGAGUUAGCUGAAAAAACCAAAGACUUAGAAAAUGCUACCGAGGAACUCUUAAACUUAAAGUCUGAAUCAGACGCCCUCAAGGAGAAAGUGGCGGCACUUGAAGAUAAUCAUCGUAAGGGGCUGGAAGAUCUUGCGAAUAAUCAUAAAGAAGAACUAGACACUCUACGGUUACAACAUGCAACUAUUCUGGAAAAAACAAAAGAGCAAUCCACUCAGGAAAAUACAUCUGUUGCCGUCGAGGCAAUGAAGAUUAAGCAUCAAGAUGAAAUUGGAGAACUGGAGAAAAAGCAUGAACAGGAAUUACAAAAUCUCAUUGAUUCACGCGAAGAUGCAAUUAAAAGGGCCAAGGAUGAACUUCAGGCAUUUAUCUAUUAUUUACAAAAUAUUGAUCUAUCUAUUAUAUGUGACGUUCUCAUUAAACAGCAUAAUGCAGAAAUUGACAAGAUGGAGAAGCUACAUGAUAAUGAGUUAGAAGGAGUUCGACGUAACCUCGAGACUAAAUAUGACGCGAUCAUCAAUGAGCGUGCCGCCUUAAACUCCCAGCAUUCGCAAGCCAUAGAAGACCUCACAAAAGAACACGAACGAAAAGUGGAGCAACUCAACAAGGAACUUGAAGAUCUUAAGGCUCAAUUAAGUUCUCAGAGUUCGCAAGAUAACGAAUCGUUGAAAGCGCAUGAGGUGGCUCAUCUCAUUAAACAACAUGAAACGAAACUCGAAGAGCUAAAAGAAAUACAUAGGCAAGAGUUGGAAAGAAUUAGAAGUGAUCUCGAGUCUGACUUGAUAAAGAAAUUUGAGGCAGAGAUUGCUGAACUUAAAGAAAGACAUCAAACCGAUUUGGAAAAUUUGAAGGCGAGUCACGAGGCGAAAAUCAAGAAACUACAAGAAUCUUUUGAUAAAGAACUUGGCGAUUUGAGAACCUCUCAUGUGGAAAACAUGCAACGAGCAAUUUCUCCUUCGGUCAUAGAUGAAUUGAAAGCUUCUCAUAAAAAAGAACUCGAUGAAAUAAGAUCUUCGCAUGAUGAAAUUCUGCAAAAAACAAAGGACGAACUCGCCGCCGAAACUGAACAAGAAAUUGAGUCAAUUAGAAGGGUGAAUUCGGAGGAAUUGAAACUGAAGCAGAGCGAAAUUGAAGAGACUCGUGUACAACUUUCUUCAUUCAAGAAGCAAAAUGAAGAUCACGAAAAACAACUUCAAGAGUUUACCGAAAUAAUUCAAAAACUCACUAAGGAUAAUAGAGAAUUAAAAGAAAUUUCCGAGAACUCGAACUUGGAGGAUUUACAUAAGGCACACAAACAAAAGAUUGCUGAGAUCGAGUCUACUCAUACUAUGCAAAACAAAUUGCUUGCUGAUGAGAAUGAUCAACAAGACGCAAAAAUACUGGAACAAGAAAAAGAGAUUGAAGGACUUCGAAAAGAGAAUGCAGAAUUGAACGACUUAAUUGUCAAGCUUCA